AUGGAAGUCCAGGUGAACCCCAACGAAGACACAGAAUGGAAUGACAUCCUCCGCAAGCAUGGCAUCAUCCCCGAAAAGCCACAAGACCCCGAACCCCUCAUCCAAGAGGCACUGCUGGAAGCCGAAAGAAAAGCCUACGAGAACAGACUAGAAGAUAAAGAUCUAGACGAGCUAGCCGAACUCGAAGAUGAAGAGGAUGAGGAAUUCCUAGAACAAUACCGCCAAAAACGUUUCGCGGAACUUUCUGCUCUCAAAAACACAUCCAUCUACAAUCAGGUCUACCCGCUCCAGAAAGUCGACUAUGCGCGAGAAGUCACCGAGGCAUCCAACAAGGCAUUCGUCUUUGUCAACCUUACCUCGUCGACAGGGACGAAUACUGAGUCGCGCGUGCUGUCAGAUAUCUGGAGACAGCUUGCUGCUAAAUUCGGGGAUGUAAAAUUCUGUGAGAUUCGUGGUGACAUGUGCAUUGAGGGGUACCCCGAUAGAAAUACGCCGACGAUUCUUGUUUACAAGGAUGGGGAGAUCAGGAGACAGUUUGUUACGCUCAGGGAGUUGAAUGGGGUUAGGACUAAGGUUGAAGAUCUUGAAAGGGUCCUAGUUGAUCUGGGCGCUGUGAAAGAGAGCGAUUCGCGACUUAAGAAGCGCUCUAAUUCCUUUGACGAUGAACCCCGGCCCGGAGCCAAGACGACGGUAGAUAAUGACGACGACGACGACUGGGAUUAA